AUGAGUGCUCUUUCAGGGUUAAAAAUUUCAGGUUUUGAAACAACAAUGCCAUCAGCAGUAAGACAAAAUCUUCCUACUGACCAGCGGCAAUGUCAGAGUCACAGAAAACUUUACACUGGCAACUCGGGCCUGAUCUUUCACACUCAGAACAUCCGAGCCAGCCCUUGUGACUUAUCUCAGAAAGACAAGAAACAGAAGUACCAGGGCAACCAAAGAUAUGUUUAUAAACCACAGAGAAUUUAUUCCAGAAACCAAAGAAAAUCUAAGACUAUUCUAAGAAGAGAUUGUGAUAAUACACCAAUGACUCGACUUUCAGAUUCAGAAAAAAACAGUGCAUAUGGAAGAAUUGAGGCAUGUGAACUGUCUGGCCUAGCAAAGCCAGGCAUUUGCAUUAACACCUGUCCUGAUCUGUGUAAUGAAUCUUAUGCAGUGGAUUCAUUUGUUUCACCAGACCCAAGCCAGUUGCCUUUACCUCCCCUUGAGUGGCUGCAUUUCAAAACAGUGCUUCCUGUUGAUGAUCACAUGAUGCUUCAAUCUGUUUUAUGCUGCCCUAUUGCAGCAUGA